UCAGCAACAGAACGGUUCUCCUUCGUUGACAGUCACAGCAGCGCAGGUUAAAGCCGGCAGCCGGGCGGGAGGGGAGGAGGCAAGUCGAAAAUCCCAUUUCCAGUCAGUGAGGUGGGCAACAACAGCAGCAGCAAACAAGGUGUCUGCCCUCACCACCACCAGCACAGCCUGCCUGCCCCGGGGCAGAUAUGGGACUGGAGCGGAAUAAGGGAGCCGUUCUCGGGCUUUCGCUGUCUGGGUAAAGUGGUCGAGUUCGCCUGGGCAGGUCCAUGAGGACACACCAUGGCUAAGCAGUAUGAUGUGUUGUUCAGACUGCUGCUAAUCGGAGACUCCGGAGUGGGCAAGACUUGCCUCCUGUGCCGUUUCACCGACAACCAAUUCCACACUUCCCACAUCUCCACUAUAGGAGUCGACUUCAAAAUGAAGACAAUAGAUGUUGAUGGAAUCAAGGUGCGAAUACAGAUUUGGGAUACUGCAGGCCAGGAACGAUAUCAGACUAUCACAAAGCAGUACUACAGACGCGCCCAGGGAAUUUUUCUGGUGUAUGAUAUUACCAGUGAACGCUCCUUUCAGCAUAUAAUGAAAUGGGCCAGUGAUGUCGAUGAGUAUGCUCCUGACGGUGUUCAGAAAAUUCUCAUAGCCAACAAAGCUGAUGAGGAACAGAAAAGACAAGUGAGUGCUGAACAAGGUCAAAAACUUGCAAAAGAAUAUGGAAUGGACUUCUUCGAAACAAGUGCCUGCACCAAUUAUAAUAUUAAAGAGUCAUUUACUAGACUGACAGAACUAGUGUUACAGGCCCACAAGAAGGAGUUAGAUGGGCUUCGACUAUCAACCCCUGAUGAACUUAGUAUUGCUGAUUUAGAGGAGGAUGACAGCAAAAUCGAAGGCGCGAGUAACUCACAGAAAGCUUGCUGGUGCUAGAAACGGAGCCAAACAAAAUCCAGUUCAGUGGUCUGAAUCAUGCCUCAAGACCUGGUUGCCUGCUGUUAUUUUGUGCCACCUUAAAUAUUCACACGAAUCCUGCUUCUCUCUGGAGUUGGACUGAUUCUUCCAGCUGAUUCAAAUAGGUGUUGUGUUUUUGUCCCAGCUCUGUGGUUCAACCACGCCUUGGGCCAGGCUUGUGUGCUGUGCAUUUUGUACAGUUACUGUGCUGUAAUUUGUGUUCAGGUGCUCAACUGAUGGUCCAGUAGCCUGGUUUCUACAAGACUGCUGUUUCAGUAUUUGUUUUCUAUGUGGACAGCCCUUCCAGACUUUGUGACACCAUUGUUUUCGCAAUUAGAUACUUAUCAUUACAAUUGCCCGGACUUCCCCUUUUUGUGUAACUAAUAAUUAGUUUCUUCAGUAUGCUUUUAAAAUAUUUUUAGCCAAGCUCAAUAAAAGUGCUCUGUUUGUCA